UUAAUUCAAUGUCAUCAAUCCAAAAGAGACUUCUUGAUGAAGAAAGCCUAGUUCAAUCUAAGUCAAAUAAGCCAGGAUGGAAGGCAAUGCCGUACAUUUUAGGGAAUGAAUCAGUUGAGAAGUUGGCAAAACUUGGAAUACAAGUAAAUUUCAUGGUGUACUUGAUGAGAGUGUAUAACAUGGAUCAGGUGUAUGCUGCAAACAUUUUAAACACUAUGAAUGCUUUUUCCAACUUUUUGCCACUCAUUGGUGCAUUCAUUGCAGAUGCUUAUUUGGGGAAAUUUAUGACAAUUGCCAUAGCUUCCUUUGCUAACCUUGCGGGCAUGGCAAUAGUAAUGCUAACAGCAUGGGUGCCACAAUUUCAUCCUUCACCAUGCUCACUUCAACAACAACAACUUGGUUCAUGCAAUGGCCCCACAAAUUUCCAACUUGGCAUCUUAUUUUUUGGUUUCUUCGGGUUAGCCAUAGGAACUGGUGGAAUUAGUUCAUGCAGCAUUCCCUUUGCAAUUGACCAAUUUGAUUUAACAACUAUUGAAGGAAGACAAGGAACAAGAAGCUUCUACAACAUGUACUAUGUCAUACAAACUGUGCUUCUAUUGAUCAAUGUGACUCUUGUGGUCAAAAUCCAAGACUCUUUUAGUUGGGCACUUGGUUUUGCUUUGCCAACUUUUUUCAUGUUUGUUGCUAUUGUGUUUUACUUUGCUGGUACUAAAGUUUAUGCUUAUGUUGAGCCUGAGGGAAGCAUCCUUUCAAGGAUAACUCAAGUUUUCGUGGCGGCUAGACGCAAGCGCCACCUUCGUCUUCCGGCGACAGGGGAAACAGGAAGAGUUUUCUAUGAUCCUCCACUUGAGAAAAUGGAACCAAAGCUGCCUCUCACAAAGGAGUUCAGGUGCUUAAACAAGGCAGCACUUAUGGUGGAGAAUGAAUUAAAUGAUGAUGAAUCAAACAAUGAUCCUUGGAGACUUUGUAGCAUCCAACAAAUUGAAGAAUUAAAAUGCUUACUUAAAAUAAUGCCAAUAUGGUUAACAGGCAUCAUAACCUACAUUCCAACAGGACAACUAGCAAUAUUUCCAAUGUCACAAGCCAUGAAAAUGGAUAAACACCUAACAAAAAACUUUGAGAUACCACCUGGCUGGUUGAUUAUACUAACAAUGCUAACAAUAGCUAUAAUCAUUCCAAUCUAUGAAAAAGUCAUUUCCCCUAUACUCACCAAAGUAACCAAACAAGAAGGAGGAUUAACAACACUUCAAAGAAUAGGAAUUGGACAUUUUUUUGCAAUUGUAACAAUGGUAAUUGCUGGAUUUGUUGAACAUCAAAGAAGGGUUGUUUCAUCAACUUCAUUAAGAGAAUCUAUUAAUGAAACUAAACAAAUGUCCAUAAUUUGGUUAGCCCCUCAAUUCAUAUUUCUAGGAAUUAAUCAAGCAUUCUCUAUAGUUGGACAAACAGAAUUUUUCAACAAGGAAUCUCCUGAUAAAAUGAGAAGUAUAGGGAAUUCUUUGCUCUCUCUUCAAACAUCAGUUGCUAGUAACAUAAGCACUUUCAUUGUCAACAUUAUACAUAAUUUUAGUGGAAAACAAGGUCAACCUGAUUGGUUGGACAGUGAUGUCAACAAGGGAAGAUUGGAAUAUUUUUAUUUCAUUGUGGCAGGUUUGGGACUUUUCAAUUUUCUUUUUUUCAUGUCAUGUGCUCGUGUUUAUAGGUACAAGACAUUUGUUAAAUAGAGGACAUAAGCUUACAUUGAUGAUCAAGUCAAAAAAUAAAAAUGUGCACUCAAAUUUGAUUGAUCUCUUCUUUAUGUUUAAGAUAGCAAUUACUAUUUCGAAAAUUUGUGUCCUUUAUGUUUAAGCCUUAGGUCAAAUUAUAAUUUUCGUCAUUUAUU